AUCAUUAGCUAGUGACUUUCCUUAACGUUUCAGUUCAGUAUAAUACGUAGUUGUGCGCGGUUGUUGGGGUUGUUGGCGCGGCUGACAAAAAGGAAUGCAAAUAUAAUCAUAGUGAAACGACGACUAAUCUGCGCGAGGAACCGGUUGAAUACGCGCGCGAGCAAAACUAAUUAUUUAAUUACGAAAGAUAUUCAGUACAUUUUUUGGUUUUAAAUACCGGCUUUUCUGACACCCUCGUGAAACUAGUGAAGACGCGCGAGAAAGAAGGAAGCGAGUUUAAAGUUGGUUCAAAAAAAAAAAGAAAACAAAAACUGUCGAAGUGGGGAAAUCCAUUUUGCUUUCGGUUGUUAAUGCACUUGACAGCCAGUUUGAAGCUGAAAUAAGUAAAAUUAAAGUGUCACAAUAAGAAACGGCAAAAAAGAGAACUAAAGGAAGAGAUAAAGAAAAUACCCGUACUUAAGAUAACAAUCAAGUGGUUAAAAAGAGAAAGAAUGAGAAGUGGAGAAGUUUAAAUAAAACAAAAAACAAUUAAGCUUCAAAACGUUUGACCGGAACACAUAGCCCAACUGAGGGUUAGCACAGCCACCUUCAUAAAUUCUGCAAAAUGUCACAUACACACACACAUCCACGCGCAUAUACGUCCCGAAUGGUGGACCUCCUUAUCAGCUUGGCCAUACUCAUAUGCUUUCCACCGCUAACUAGCGCAUACAACGAACACCUCCAUCAGCGAGACGGCAUACAUGUGCCUUGCACUUUUUUCGAUACCGUCAACGUCACUGGCGACCCUCAUUUCGCUAACGGAUCUUAUCUGCACGAUGGCAUGCUGAUACCAUCGCAACUGGUCGGCUGGUAUGAUUACAUUUACACUGACCUGGUGCGGCGCGUGGAAGUGGAACCGCAUGCACGCGCCUGCAUCUGUAAGCUGAAGGCCUGCAUAAACAUUUGCUGUCCAUGGGGCGCCAGUUAUAGCGCCAACGAGAGCGCCUGCGUAAACAACACGGAAUAUGAGUGGCCAAAACCGCUGCUGAAUUUGACAUUGCCGGAUGAUACGUUGAAGCCGGUGGAUAUGUUCAAGCAAUUCGCGGUGCAGAGUUUCCGGCCAUGCGAAUUCAUGUUCUCAUUGCAGCCAGAGCUCGGCUCCUUUGACGACUGGAAGCUAUUCGAGAAUGGAACUCUACUACGUAUAUACGAUAUGGUGUACCUCAGCAAGAACGAGUUCUGCUUCCAUCCAACGGUGGCGAAUUACACGGACACUAUGUACAUCAUCAAUCCGGCUAAUUGCAAUUAUGAUUCGGAUUACAGCACCAUUAAGACUAUUAACGCAUAUGCUAUGCUCUUUUCCAUACCAUUCAUGAUUCUCACCAUUGUUGUGUACCUGAGCAUACCGGAACUGCGUAAUCAACAUGGCAAGUCGUUGGUCUGCUACUUGAUUGGACUGAUCAUUGGUUACUCACUGCUUGCAAUGAGCUCUUUGCGCUUGGAAAUGUACACCAGUAUAGUGCUUUGCAAGGCACUGGGCUAUGUGGCCUAUUACUUCUUUAUGGCAGCCUUCUUCUGGCUAAGUGUUAUCAGUUUCGAUUUGUGGCAUAAUUUCCGCGGCACUCGUGGCAUCAACCGCUUUCAAGAGAAGAAGCGUUUUCUCAUUUAUUCACUGUAUGCUUGGGGCAUACCCGUGCCGUUUCUGAUGUUCACUUGGUAUGCACAAGAGAUUGCCGAUAUACCAGAAUAUCUCAAGCCAGGCAUUGGUGGAGGAGAGUUUUGCUGGCUGGACAUGCGCACCUGGUCUACGAUGAUAUAUUUCUUCGGCCCUAUUGUCCUGAUAAUUAUGGCGAACAGUGUAAUGUUCGUUUUGACCGCUUUGAAGAUACACAGAGUCCAACGUGAAAUGGCACGAAUAAUGGCGCGCGAGGAUAGCACAAAAAAUUUGCGUACCGAGAAAGACAAAUUCGGACUCUUUCUACGCUUAUUCAUUGUCAUGGGCGUGACCUGGUCUAUGGAGAUUUUCUCUUACUUUGUGGGCGCCGACAAAGGCUGGGCAAAGAUCUUUUACAUUUCGGACAUUUGCAAUGCCAUCCAAGGAUUCCUCAUAUUCAUGUUGUUCGUAAUGAAGAAGAAGGUCAAACAUUUAAUAACCAACCGCUAUUCGUCCACACGGGACAGCAGCAACCAGCGUCAGAGUCAAUACUCAACGAAGACAACGUCCAGCAGCGUUGGCAAUUUAACGCUCUCGGCCGCAGGUCCUGCUGAGAGGCCGCUAAUGGUGCCAACAGAACGAACAACUAGUUUGAGAAACUGAACGAAGCAAAGUCCAAGUGAACUGAAUCGAGAUGAGAUAAGUACUCGUACUUGUAGCAGCAGAAACCUGGAAUAUUGAAUAAGGCGAAGGAUUAACUGAGACCAAUUGAAAUGGAUGGCAUUUGCUUAAACUGUUCAAACACGUGGAUUGUAAGCGAUGCCUUGGCAGCCGCAAAAUCAAAUCAAAUCAAAUAAACGCAACGAAAGAAUCAGGUUUUGAGAAAUUGUGCAUAGAGCACCCACAUACAUUGAUACAUAUUCAAGUACAUAUGAAAUAUAUUUUGUGAGAGUGUCAUAUUUCCGUUGUAUUUAAGUAAUUAAGCUAAGUAGAUUUUAGUAAUAUUCUAUGUGUGUAGAUGAUAAGCUGAUCACUUUGAAGAAAAACGCCCAUUAAAAGACACACAUGCACAUACACAUACAAACUACAUACUUAUAUAUACUCGUAUAUGUGCGUGAUUUAGCACCUUGCUCCUUGGAGUGCCAUGAAAGUACUGGCUGCAGUUUUUUCGCAUUACGCCAGAUCUACCUAUACACUUUCCAUCACUCGCGUCUUCCCAUCUGCCAUUUCCUUUAUUCUGUGCCGCAUUCUCAUGUGGGCACUUGCAAUUUUCACAUUUUCAAAUGACAACCAGCAACUCAGUUGAGUUCGAAUGCAAAAUUUGUCAAGCUGAGUUGCCAAGCUGAGUUGGCAAACUAAGAAAUGACCUAACUAAGAAUUAACACAGCUUUAUUAACAUAUCCUAUGGAAGAUCCAAGUGUGAAAUUAACACUGAAUUAUACUAGAAAAGAUUGCCCUGUUAUUAUAUCCUACAGUCGUUAGUUUCUAGUCAACUCCAUUUCCUGCACCUUGCGCACUUUUGACUUUUCUGCUUAAAAAUGUUUGUAGCCUACGAAAUUAUUUCAACAAAUUAAGUUCGUGCGGCCGCCAUAGCUGAAUGGGGUGGCGCGUGACUACCAUUCGGCAUUAUCCAGCUCCGAAAAAAUGCGCAUGAAACACCAAAUGAUAGAAAAAGUUUUUUCUAAUAGGGGUCACUCCUCCUCCUUCGAGUCAACGUUAUUUUUGUCAUGAAAAUGAUCCUCAUAAAAACCAACUGCCGUUCGGACCUGGCAUAAAACUGUAGAUCUCUCCAUUUAUGGAAUAACAUCAAGACGCCACACCACAAAAAGGAGAAGGAGCUGAGCUAAAAUAUUCAUUAAAGGUUACCAAUUGUAAAUACUUAUAAUAUAAUAAUAACGAUUCUAUUAAGGUGCUAACUCUGCAAAAAAAAAACUCGUUAUUCUACUAGUAUUACCAUUUGGUUUAUUUUAAACAUGAAAAAUUUGGGUGCUAAAAACUUUUUUCAGUGCAAAGUUUUGCAGCGGAAUAAAGGCUCAGAAGUAUUAGGCGGACCUUACCUGCUCAAAAGAGCAAUUCCAAGAAUGGGUUUGCGAAAAUUACAGAACUCAUGUAGGAGAAACCCAAGAGGCGAAGCAAGUACGGGCAGGAGCUUAAAUUUCGCAUUUAUGCAGGAUAACUCACCAAAAACACGCGUUUCGUAUUUAUGUUCAUUAACUUUUUAUAGCACUUAUAUAAAUACAUAUAUACAUACCAUAUAUAUUCUAAAUUUUUUGGUCAAAAUAGUCUCUUUUUUGACAAAAUGGGUAUAUAAUAAAAAAAAUAGUACCCCCGUGCACCCGCGAGUGGUUGAAGUGGGAAAGUGAAUGUGUUUUUUUUUUGUAUUUGCUUAGUAGUAAACGGCUUAGUAUCAAGAUGGCGCUUUAGUGCUACUUGGAAAGUGCCAGUCUGGUACUUGAACCAUUUCACCUUAGUCGUAAUAGGGAAGUUGGGACGACAAAGAUUAGGUUUUAGAGUGCGCGUAGAGUAUACGGAGAUUUCAUACAUUAUUAAGUGAAAUCUUGAAAAACAUAGUUGAAGGCCAUUUAAAAUAAGAAAACUAGAAACUAUGAUUUGUGUGCUGAAUUAAGUGCGGCAAGAGGUACCGCGUAGCUAAGCUAAGGGCAAAAUAUAUGAGCCAUAUUAAGUGAGAUGGUGUGUGCGAGAGAAGACGACAAAAAAAGAAAAAAAUAAAAUAGGAUAGUAGAAUUAAAAGGUAAAUCCAAGUCGUAUGAUUAGCAUUUGGUAGAAAAGCUGUUGUCAUGCAGCGCCCUCGGAGUCAUGAAAGUUGCUCUCAGUUGAAACAUGUUCAGUAUGCAUUGAAAAAUUGUAGUUCUAAUACAAUAUAAAAAGUACAUACAUACUUACACGCAUAAUAUUAUAUAA